AUGAUUGAUCCUCCAGGUAUCCACUAUAUAGAUCGAAUUGAGACUGUUGACCAGUCAAGCAAUUAUGAUGCUGCCUCUUCUUCGUCUUAUACCCCUGCGAAACCGAUAAAGCUCGGCGACUUCAGCAAGCUAUUCGUCGAGUUCCUUGACUCUCCUCAGCAUAGAUAUGAUCCCGGCCCAGACUUGCUCGAAAGAAGCGACUACGAUGAUGAUUAUUCGUCGGCGCAGAUAGCCCUGAAGCCCGCCAGCUUGUCAUCGACGCCCUCGAGUUAUGGCCCUGAGCUGUCGCUCCCUGCAAAGCGACCAAGCACGAACAUCGUUCGUCAUGACCUUCCAUAUCUGUCGCCACCCGCAUGUCGCCAUCCAUCCUCUCAGGGUUGCAUCUGUGGCCGGGGACGUCGGCGGGUUGGGCAAACCGACCUUCUGACGUCUUCUUCUCCCGAAUGUCUAGAAUGCUCGCCUCCAUCCAAUACUAUGCAUCAUUCUCGCUCUUGGAUGAACAAACUCCCAAGCAACGUGCGUGAAAAGCUACGCUUAAAGGACGACAGACAUAGGGCGCUCAUGAUGAAUCUCGUCCCGUAUCGGGUGCGAGACGCUUCCAUGGCAGAAAAACACCCAACCAUCACUUCACAAGGCGUUCACGUCUUCAUCGACAUGUCCAAUAUCGAUAUUGGGUAUCAAAGGACGUUGAAGGGAUUCCGGCGUCUUGACGAAAACACUCGUCUAUCUCCUGUGCCUCAUCUGAACUUGCAGUUUCUAACCAAAAUACUCGUUCGGGAUCGGCCAGUGGUUGCACUGAAUGUCUGCUGCUCUACCCUCCCAGGUCGUUCAGAACCUCGCUAUGUGCAGCAGCUGCGCGAGCUGGGAUAUCAUGUUGAUCUAAGAGAGCGUAAAGGGGUUAUUGAAGGUGGACUGAACUUCACUGGAGCUUCUGACACUCUUCGUUUUGUGGAGGACCUCGUGGACGAAACUCUACAGGUUCGCAUUGCCGAGUCCGUGAUGGAAUAUUUUCUUACGCCUGGUACCAUUGUACUGGCUACUGGAGAUGCUAAGCCUUCUCCGCACUCUGAUGGAUUCUUCUCUUAUGUGGAGCGAGCACUGAAGAUGGGCUGGAAUGUUGAAGUUGUCUCCUGGCGAGGUAAUCUCUCUCAGAGGUGGAUUGAUAGACACUGGACCUCUCAGUGGCGUGACAAGUUUCGUGUGAUUUUACUAGAUGAAUUCUUAGAGGUUCUAAAGUGA